UGUUCACCGAGCAGCCUGUUUCCAAUCUAAAGCACAGAUUUCAAUGCAAACAUCAAUUUCUCCCCCCUCCCCAUUUUAUAUGCAAAGUGAGCCUUAUGAAUCACAGUGACUCUGCUCCUGGGACCCCAACCAAAUUCUCCCCCUCCUCCCCAAAUUCACAGGCUUUUCAUUUGAAUACCUGCUUACAGUGGUAUACAAUGGACAGCUUUGAGAAGAAAAAUUGAUAAUCUUCACGGAAGAGUAAUUUGAAUGAAAUUACACUUGACAGCCCGUCUCCAAGCAAGCAGGGAGAGUGAGGGGAGCCUCAGCUAAGCUCCGAAGACCUGCCUAAGCUAGUACUCUCGGAGCUUCCCGGGGAAAAUAAAUCCACAGUUUUCCCAACAUCUGAGUGAGGCUUUUGAUUAAACCUGUGCUGCUGUUUCUAGUGAAGAAAGGUAGCCAUGGAAGAAAAUAUGGAAGAGGGACAGACACAAAAAGAUAUGGGCAGUAGGACAGGGAGAGAGGAAGAAAUCUGCUUGGUUAACAUGCACCUCACUUGCCAUCGUUUAGGGUGCUUUGAGUGCUGCAUCAAGUGCUUGGGGGGUAUUCCCUAUGCCUCAUUGAUUGCCACCAUCCUGCUGUAUGCUGGGGUCGCCCUUUUCUGCGGCUGUGGUCAUGAAGCCCUUUCGGGAACUGUCAACAUUCUUCAAACCUACUUUGAGAUGGCAAGAGCUGCUGGGGACACCAUUGAUGUCUUUACCAUGAUUGACAUCUUCAAGUACGUGAUCUACGGAGUAGCAGCUGCCUUCUUUGUCUAUGGCAUUUUGCUGAUGGUGGAAGGAUUUUUUACAACUGGCGCCAUCAAGGAUCUCUAUGGGGACUUCAAAAUCACCACCUGUGGCAGAUGUGUCAGUGCCUGGUUUAUCAUGCUGACUUACAUCUUUAUGCUGGCCUGGUUGGGGGUUACAGCUUUCACCUCUCUGCCUGUUUACAUGUACUUCAACCUGUGGACUAUUUGCAAAAACACUACCCUAGUGGAAGGGGCAAAUUUCUGCUUGGACCUCCGUCAGUUUGGAAUUGUAACAAUCGGUGAAGAAAAGAAGAUUUGCACAAUGUCUGAAAAUUUCUUCAGGAUGUGUGAAUCUACUGAACUGAACAUGACGUUCCAUUUGUUUAUCGUGGCACUUGCUGGGGCUGGAGCAGCAGUCAUUGCUAUGGUUCACUACCUUAUGGUUCUGUCUGCCAACUGGGCUUAUGUGAAAGAUGCUUGCAGAAUGCAGAAGUAUGAGGAUAUUAAGUCAAAGGAAGAGCAGGAGCUUCACGACAUUCAUUCUACCCGUUCUAAAGAGCGACUCAAUGCAUACACAUAAGAAAAACCUUGUCUUACUUUCUACCAUUGAAUGCUUUGUUGUUUAACUAAAGGCCAUCUAUCUCUCCAUUUAAAAUCAAAAUCAAAAGUGCUUCUCACAAAAGAUCGUUAGGGUGACAUUGUCCAUCACCCCUCUACAAUUCUUGGUUGUCCAGCACUUGGUUUCCUAAUUAGUUAAUAGCUUGUGUGAUCAGUCUCUACUACAAAGCUCCCAAAACAGCCUUUCCUGAAUCUGAAAGUGAUUUAUUUUCUGUUAGAUCAAGAAUACUAACUACUGUCAAAUACGGGGAUGUGUUUGAUUUUUUUUUUAAAUGAUCACUUUGUAUGUGUUAUGCAUAACACCUUUUUGCAUUGUUUCUUAUGUUUUUGAAAAGGAAAAAAUAGCUUUUUAUAUUUUUUAGUUUCGAUUUUGGUAAGUACUUUAACUACAGGUAUACUUCAAAGGGACCACUUGUACAUCACGUACAAUUUUUCGAGGAAGCACACCGCUGACAUUCCUUCAGAUUUGGAAAUCUUGCCAGGUGGACCAGUGAGCAUCUUGACGGAGGGUCCUGAGAACAUUUUAAAAUAAUCAAAGGUGCAAUUUCUAAAUUUGUAAGAGUAGGUAAAAACACAAAACAAAAAAGAAGUGCUUCUUAUCUUUGUUAACAUUGUAUGAUUCUUGAUGUAGUUAGCGGAGUAUUCUCUCUUUUCAAGUUUCAUUGGUGGCUAUUCCUGUUUAUAUUGUGAGCAUGCUGACCGUGGUACUUGUUAAUGCAUGGCCAUUUGUCUUUUUCAAAGCGUAUGAUGCCACGGUCACCUUUCAAGAGUUGCAGUGUAUAGACAAAUGUUAUAUAGAGCUAUGCGUAGGUUUCUGCAGAAUGAUCUCUGUAAUUCCACAAUGGUUAUGCUGAAUUGGAGCUGUUCAUGUGCUGAUGUGAGCAACUGCUGCUUAACUACAUUUAUGAAAGUGAUAUAUCUAUAAUCCAGCAACCUUUAAGAGUCAGAAGUAUUUUUACCUGCUUUAAAAAUUUAAGUGGAUUGCACCUGUCUGAACUAUACAUAUACUGUAUGUGAUAUAUUAAAGGAGGCUUCCAUAAAUGUAAUAGCUUGGCUUGUAGCUUUCCUACACACAUACUGGUUUUACCUGUAUUAUGUUAAAGUGGGGCUAAUGGCUGCUACUGGAGCUAUUGUUUGGAAGUGUUAGUAAUAUAUUUGAACCUUUAUUUUGAGUAAGAAAAUAUUAAGAGAAAAGUCAGUCAUGUUAAUCUGAAAGAAGUACCUGUAUUAAAAAAAAAUACAAAACAAAACAAAAAACAAAAAAAGGGGGAAAAAGUAUUAUUGGACCAAAAUUGGUGUUUUUUAAUUUUAUUUUUGCCUAUUUCUAAUGCUACAAGAAUGCUGUAAAGUGUCUUUUAAAGUGAUGUAUCCUGACAAGACAUUUUUGUCAGUGUUAAAACAAAAUCCUAGCUAGUCUUGUGCACUUAUUGGACCAUUGUGAAUUCUCUCAGUGUAAGUGCAUUUCUAAUAAAAGUUCUUGAGUAAAACUCUUCUUUGUACUAUUACUAGUCAUGCAUCAUCAGUAAUUUUUACCAAUUCUUGUAGUAAGUAGAGGGUAAUACUAUAGUUACUUGUGGCAUGUUUAUGCAUCAAGUAGUAUUAGUUUAUUUAGGUUUUUUUGUUUUUAUUAUUAUUUUUUACUUUAUUUUUUACACUUUACUGUCUUACGGGGUCAACAUUUUCUGAUAUGUGCAGUACCAGUAUUUACAGUUCUGCAAAAAGUAUUAUGAACCUCUUUCAA